CGGGGCAAAACGCCUCCUGUCCUUUCUCACAUCGGGGAGAAAGUCUUGUCCGACGAUCAUUCCGGCGCGGGUACAGCUGACCCGGAGGAAGGUGCGGUCAGCAGCGGUUUUGUCGCAGUCAACAUCAGUCCUGUGGUCCAAGAGGGAGACUCCCAGGAGUGGGUGGUACUGGAGCUGGAGCAAGCCAACAAGCCUUCAACUGAAGCCCAGCACGAGGACAAAACAGCCACGACGAACGCCGUCAACAACGAGAAUCACCCGCCGCAGGAAGGCCCCGUUGUAGCAGCCAGUCCUGUUGUGUCACAGUGUUCUGUCGGGUCGUGGUUACUUGGCCACAGGAGGCUGCCAGGGAUGCUGGGGCAAAUGCCCUCGGUCAUCAUGGGACGACCCCACAUGGAUCAGUCUUCCAGCUGCACACCGCAGUCUCCUGCGCUCGAAAAGAGUGACACCAUACCUCUUGAAGCCCCGUCCAGCAAAUCCGAUGAACCCCCCGGACAAAUCCUAAAAGAUGGCAAGAAGACGGAUUUGGCCCCGUCGUCGAGCCCACUAAAAGGUUCGACCGCUCUCUUGACAAAAGACCCCGAGAGUGAUUCUGGUCUGCCUGACUGCUCAUCGGAGCUGAACCAGCAGGCUCAAGCGAUCUGUUCGCUCCUCGCUUCUUUAAGGCCCAAAGACUCUCCCUGCUCGCCCAAACUGAGUCGCAUUCCAAUACGAGACUCUUGCACUCCCCCGGACUCUCCGGGCAGGAGCCUGCACCGGGACAGGAGAAACCGCUGGAGCAGCCCUGUCCCCGGCUCCCCCACCCACUCCCCUUCUCCAUCACUUUCCUGCGAAAACCUGCAGGUCACUCUCCCGCGGGAACGCCUCUCCUCGGAGCGAGGCUCCAGGUCGGACUGCGGAGGGGAAGACCCUCUUUCUCUGUCCUCUUCGUCAGGCAGUAAAAGUAAGAUCCCACGACCCAUGAGC